AUGCUGUCCAGUGUCUCUAAUUAUUUGGCAGUCGCCGUGCUCUGCUGUGCGGUGUGGCAGCGUGGCAUCGCCGGUCCUGUCAAAGCGCGUGACUCACCGUUGCGCCUCACAGGAACAUGCAAUGUGCUCGCGCGCUCUUUGCUCUGGAACGUGUCAGAAGCGCUCGCGAUGGAUCAUCUUUUCAGCGGGUUUACCUGUUCCAAGCAAAACGCAGAAGUGCACCUCAGGGCGCAAACAGUGUCAGCGUGCAUACAACAGAACUCAGACUGUGCUCACACAACUGCCCUAAAUAUCGAUGAGAAUGAAUGUCUACUGAGAAUUUUAGAAGAUCUUCGCUACUAUCAGGAAACAUUUACAGCAUACUCUAACCCAGAGCUCACCAAAACGGUUGUUAGGAGCAUCGAUGACCUCAUGCAGGACUGUUUUUCUGUCUCUAAGGUGGACAACUCUCCGCUCAAGGUGUCCAUGGAUCAUCAAAAAUCUUUUCAAGAACGACUGCAGCUGUGCAAAGUCUUAAAAGGCUUCCACCUUCGAGCCAUAACAAUAAAUCGAGUUUUCAACUACAUUUUGUCAAAAUAA